AUGCCGCUGCACCACACCAAGCAGAGACGCAGCGGGAGAACUCCACCCGCGUCUGCGCAGCAGAGAGGGGCAAACCUCAAGCUAGAGGCAGCGAGCAAGGACCGAGGCAACCUUUUCAACGGACGUUUGCUUCACAGGCGGAUAGUUCGCUCCGCAGUGUACAGACAGCGUCUGCACGUCCCUGCGGCCCCUAAAGAUUUCCGCAGUGCCAUCUCCUUGGUGCACAUCCAGGUCCACUAUCAGCACUCGCCUGCAGCGGCGACACGCCAAACAAAAAGCACAGCCGCUCUCCAAGCGGGAGGGGAGGAGGAGGGGGGCAUGGGAAGGGCGGGGAAGGGGAGGGGUGGUGAUGGCGAUGGUGGCGGUGGGUGUUUGCAGCAGCAAGACCCCAUCGUCAAGGCCGAUGCUGAGCAUCCAGAAUCCCGACCCUCCCUACCGACCUCUGCGAGCAUCUUCAGUCGGAUGGGCAUCGACAGCGGUAUUCCCAAGGCUUUUUCGAAAUCCUCCCGCGUCUCCACAGGGAGGGGCCCCCCCCCAGCCGCGGCAAGGAGCGAAUCCCCAUGUACAAGCCGUGCAGCCUCCAGGCUCGAGGGCAGAGAGAUGCCUGUAGGGCCCCACGACGGGGUUGUUUCCGGGGUUGCAAGAAGAGGACGGGGGGCCUCGCAGGAUACUGCCUUUGCUGCUGCUCGCAGAAGACGUACUGGUGCAGCAGGGCGGCACCCCUCUCAGAAUCUGCCGGGUAGCGCAGCACCCACAGGAGAGGGUCCUGCGGGGAAGGGGCCCUCUCCACGGGGGUCACUUCGGCGGGAGGCCCCGUCCUUGACGGCCCCUCCAGGGCCCACCCCUGGAGGCCCCCCAAAACCUUGUACGUGGGAACGCGCCGAGGAGAAGGCUGCCGCUGCUUCUGGGGAGGCUCGAACUGCAGAGACGCCCGAGAGCAACAGCAGCAGCACGGGAAGAGCAAAGCGAAAAUGCCUUUCAGCCAGCGGACCCUCCAUGGACCGCGCGGCGUCGGCACGUCGAAAGGGCCCCCGCCCCAGCAGAGGGCCCCGCGCCGGCACUGUGUGGACACUCCAAGCCCUCCGCUUUCACGGGAAACGGAUUGCUCAGCAUGAAAUGCAAAACCCCUUGCUAAAAAGCGGGGAAAAUCCAGUUCUUCGAAGGGGGCCUCAUGUGAUUCCCCGGAGUGGGGCCGGAGGCGGGGCCCACGACUCCGAAGGGGCUUACACAGCGGCUGGGACCGCACAGCAUCCGCAGAGCUCGCAGUACCCCUUCGCGGCGCGAGUGGACAGGAGCUGCACCUACUCUGCAGCCCCUAGUGUCCACAGGGCUUGUGCCUUGCGGUCGUGUCUGAUGGUUUCCUCUGGCGUGAGCCUCGCCUCCCUCCCCCAGGGGGCCCCCCUGGAGGGGAGUCGCGUGCAGCGCGACUCCCUACGGAAGCUCGAAGAGGGAGCUUCUCGGCUGGAUCUGAUGCUGCAGCAGCCACAAGACUUGCAGGCCUUCCCGUGUGUUCCUAGGGCCAGGCUGCACCCGUGGGUGCAGCGCGUGCAGCUACGCGACAGGCAGCAGCAGCAGCGCCAGCAACUGCUGCUGCAGCAGCAACAAGGCCGAGGCGCUGAGACACUUUUCGCCGACGCUUACAUGAGCAGCAACGGCAGGACGGGUGGUGUCGAGGGGGCAGCACCAGCAGGCAGGGAUGCCCUCAGCCUCCUUUGGACAGAGGAGGAGGCGGGGACCAGUGCAGGAGACUUAGAAGGCGGCUCUGAAUCGGUGCAUGGCGGUUCAGCUCCAUCGAACUCGCCAGCGGCGGGAGUGGCAGCAGGCACAGCAGCAGCAAGUCCACCGCACGCGUCGGCGCCCCGGGUGUAUCCCGAGUUGAUGCGCGGGUACAGUAGCUUUGCAAUCAGCGAAAGGGGGGCUUUGCUGGCUGCUGCUGCGGGAAGAGAUAUCCAGAUAUUCUCGCUAGACACCCUUGCGCUGUAUGCGUACGUUCAGCUGCAGCAAGACUGCAGCGGCUGCUGCAGCGGCAAGCGGGGCCAGCCGCGAGAGGACGCGGCAGCGAGAAGAGCAGGUGCAGCAUCAGGCUCAAUUGUUGCUGCUAGCAGUGCAGCGGCUGCUGUAUGUACACUUGGGGGUUCAGACGGACGCUCAGAAGCGUCUCGACAGCAGGCGCGGCCGCUGCUGCUGCUCGCAGUGCAGCAGCUGCAGUUCGUCGCUUCGGAUUGCGCGCUCAUGGCCCUUACCGGCUGCUGCCGGCUCUUUGUGUUCUCCCUGCUUCAGCAGCAGCCAGCGCUGCUGCUGCACCUGGAUCUCCACCAGGUGUACAUACAGGCCAUCCCUGCCCUGGGCCUGCAGCAGGAGCAGCAGCAGCAGCAUCGGCAGCACCGGCAGCAGUUGCAGUUGUUGCUGAGGCGCAACAAAGCUCGAGACGAGGACUGCGUCACUGAGGACGAGGGCGCUCAAGAUCAGCAGAGGCUGCACCUGGAGACUGGAGAAGAGGAAGACGAGCAGCAGCGCAAGACGGCGGGGAGUGGUGCGGGAAGUUUUGCGCCUCCUCCCGAGGGAGGCGAAGCGGCCGAUCGAGGUGUUUCUCGGGGCAGCAGCAGCAGCAGCAGCGGCAAGAUUGGAAGCAGGCGACAGGGAAAGAACGGAAAUUUGUCUCCGGAGACAGCGGGAGUGGCAGAGAACGAGCGCGUGAAGGUUUUCUGCUUGCAGGUCGUGUCUCUAACGCUGCCUGCGGCUGUCUCUUUGACUGAGAGAAGAGCAGACGAUGCUUGGAGGCUCGCUGUUGCUGCGGGUGCAGCCGCAGCAGAUGCGAUGGCCGCUGCUGCCGCUGGUACCUCUGCUCCAUCUGGCAGGGCGUGUAACAACACUCAUGCAUGCGCGUCAUCAGCAGCAGAUUCGGCGGCUGCUGACGCAUCGUUGGCAGCAGCGGCCGACCUAGAGAGGCUCUCUGGAGUGGGUCGAAUGUCUCUGAUUGUCUCUUUCGCCGCGGAUCCUCGGGGCGAUGGAGAAAGCUGUAUUUACACCGCCCCGCUGCUGCUGCAGUUUGUGUUGCGGCCGCAGCAGCUGCUCUUGCAAUAUCUGCAGCAGCAGCUGCUGCGGAACCACCUCCAGCACCAGCAGCGCCCUGUGCUGCACGAUCCCGCUCUCCCCGCAGCCUUUGCUCUGUCGUCUCUCUCCCUGCUGCCUCCGUCCUGCUGCUGCUGCAGCGCAGACACCCUGUGGUGCUGCUGCGGCGAGCUGUUGCCGCCACGCAGGAGCCACAGCAGCAGCUGCGCCGGCAGCGACAGGUGGUCCGUGUCAGGCCGCAGCAGCAACUUUCCCUUUUGCAGCUUCUUCCGCCGCCCGCUGAGCCAGCUGAGACUGCAGCUCCUCUCUAUCCAGCAGCCUUGUCGCCACUACUACCAGCAGGAAAAGGUCGAGGAACUUGUGGCAGUGUGCUCGCCAACCGGCAUGCUGUGGCUCCUGCGGCUAGGCCAGCACGAGGCGCCGCAGCUGCCUGCAGAGAUCGUAGCAUUCGCACAGUUUGGUGUGGCAGCAGGGCCGCUGGAGGUGAAGGCACGGCCAGAUGGAGGCAUGCUGUUGCUCAGAUCACUUGACAGGAUCAUUGCCGUCCGCAUCUCCCCCACAGGAGCAGCACGCACUACUUCCGAAUCCUCAUCGACAGAAAGCGAGACAGCAAGCAGAAACCAGGGAGACGAAGAAGCAGCAGCAGCAGCACACGCAGAAGACACUAGCACGACCGAAAUUCAAAACGGGGCAGCAACGCCUGCAACGGAAACUGCUCAAGACGCUUGUCAACAAACGAAAGAAACCGAAGCCACUGCAGGAGCAGAAGCGGUUAGCUCACUGGGAAGCUCAGAGAGCGCCAGUGACACGCACGAGGCGAGGAAGAGGCCUCGGCAGGAUGGUGCGGGUAGGGAGCCGCUGCAGGACGCAGGCAGCGGACAGUCACAGUUUCAAGAGGGUGAGCAGCAGAUUGAGGCUUCUCGGGAAGACGGCGAGGGCGGCAGAAAGCGCAGAUCCUGUCCGCGAGAUGCCUGCGACCUUCCGGUAUUGUCGGAAGCAGUUGUAUCGCUGGAAGAAGCACCAGACGGCUCAGAAAGUGCAGCCGAGAAGGAUAGCGGGGAGGCAACGGAGGAGAGUUGCGAAGCAGAAGAAGCCUCUUAUCCGCUGCAGCUCACGUUGCAAUUUGUCCAGCAAGACCGCGUGCAGCGGGAAAAGUAUACCGCUUGCUGCUUCAGCAGCAGUAGCAGCACAGAGCAGCCGUCUGUUGCGGCAGUUUCGGCGGACCGUGGCAGCACGACUGGGCUGUAUAUGAUAGACGUGGCUGCACCUAACGCGAUUGACGCCAUCGUCCUUUCUCUGGAAACUAGCAAACUGCAGCCUUUCAAGCAGAUGCAGUGGGGGCCUCGUAGCAGCUGUGGCCUCCCCGCAGGUGUCUACACGGCUGCGUUUGCUGCAUUCGCUGCUGGGAGCGGCGACGUGACCAGCAGCAGCACGAGCAGCAGUACGUUGGUGGCCCUCGAGAAGAGACAGGGGCUCUUGCUGCUUUUGCAGCCGAAGAGGCGCAGAGUGUGGGACCUGAUGCAUCCCGACUUCGAGCGCAUAGAGAAGAAUGUGGAGGUCGUGGAAAGCGCCACGGAGUUUGACGCCGUGCAACCGCUGGAGGAAAGAGAAAACACCCCGUUGUACAAGGCCCUACGACGCUUCAUCUCGCACACGGAACCGCUCACCGGCCUCCCGCCGUGCAGCCCAGCUUUCGCGCUGCCCCCCGUGCGAGGCCCCUCAGCAGCAGAAUGUACAGCAUCAGCAGAACAGCCGCUGCUUUGGUCUUGCUUCGAGCCCUUGUCAGCUGCGGCUGCAGCAUACGCCGCAGCAGCAACGCUCACAGACGAAGACGGAGAGACACAGCUGCUUGACCUGUCCGAGGCCUUUGCUGCAACCCUCCAGAAUCAGACAGCAGCCGCAGGCACAGCAGCAGCAAGGGCAGCACAGGCAGCUAUUUGCCCUCCUGUUUCGUUUUGGGUUCGACACCCCCUCUGUAAGGAUCUAAAGAGGCUCAACAAGUUGCGCUCGGAUCCAGCUGCAGCUGCAGCAGCCACAGCUGCUGCAGAGAAGCUGCAGGAGCAACUACCCCAGUAUAGUGCUUUUUCUGUACGCGUUGAAUGGCUGACGCCUACAGGGGGGAACACUAACGGCACUGAUCAUGCGGAAGCCUUCCAGGAGAGCAUGGCUGUGGACGGAAGCCACCCCACUGGCCUCGCUAGAGAACAGCCAAGAGCAUCGACCCAAGGGUCGCUGAGGGAGCAAUAUCAACAAAUGAUUCGUAACAGCAGGGCGAGGUAUGCAGCGCGAAUGGCUGAGAGGGGCACUUCCCAGCCUCUUCCGCAGCUGCUACAACAGUAG